AUGCCUCCAUAUACACAGUUGCCAGCGAUUCGUUUGCCAGAGCCAUACAAUACCGUUUAUGAACUUCUUGAAUUCCCCGGUGACGGACCCUUGGUUAAAGUAUACCAGCUUCAGCUGCCUGCAGCUGUGAACCAGGAACGAUUGCCGCAAGCCCUUCAUCACCCUACUCUCCAAUUCUCAGAGCUAGCUUGCGAGGACACGACUUCGAUUCCGAAGGGCAACAACUCUCCCUGGGCACGAGCCCAGCGCAGCCCACGGUCAGUGAUUCAGUGGCAUGGCCCCGAGGAGCCUACCGUAGCGCAAAUAUGGAUUGUUGUCUACGCUACCUUUUCGAUUCAUCCCAACGUUGAGGCUUUCAGGAUCAAGCUCUCAGGAACAAAUGAACUAAAGAUAGCACAUUGCCUCCAAGCUGUGGGCUUGGCCGUGCGGCACCCAGGCCCGUCCGCGCCGCCCGGCCAGCCGAUACCAGUAUCGCAUGGUCAUGAAGGGAUGCUGGUGGUGCCCAGAAGCUCAUUUUGGCAGGGUGCCGGGUCUCCAUUCGGACCAAGGCCGGUGUGGGCGGCAGGAUCUGGCGCCCAUGGUUCUCCAGACUCUGCGUUCCCGCCUCGACCCCUGGAAUAUACCGUCACGACAAAGUUUCCGGCGGCACGGGUGCACACACGUCAUCCAAUCAGGCCCCCCAAGCCCGCGCGAGGAACAACGAUUUACAGCCGGUAUAUCCCUCAUCUUAGGGAGACUUUCUCCAUGGUUGCCCUGGAUUGGCAGAAUGAAGAACACGUCAAUUACUUCCAUACCUGGCAAAAUGAGCCGCGAGUGGCCCAGAGCUGGAAUGAAACGGGAACUCUUGAGGAGCAUCGCGAGUACCUUCGCAAAAUGCACGAAGACGAUCACCAAUUUCCCGUCUUGGGAAAAUUUAAUGAUAAUUUCUUUGCGUACUUUGAAAUAUACUGGGCAAAGGAGGACCAUGUCGGCACAUAUUACGAUGCUGCCGACUACGAUAGAGGCCGUCAUUUCCUAGUGGGAGAUGAAAGGUUCCGUGGGCCACAUCGAGUUAAAGCAUGGCACGCCAGCUUAACCCACUACAUGUUCCUUGAUGAGCCUCGAACCACUCUGGUAGUUGGCGAGCCCAGGGCGUCUGGAGCCAAGGUUCUUGGGUACGAUAAAGCAAAUGGAUAUUCUAUUGACAAAUGGAUUGACCUACCUCAUAAACGUGCUGCAUUGGUCAAAUGCUCCCGUGAGAGGUUCUUCCAGUUGUGUCCCUUUGAAUACGAGCGUUCCGCUAUGUAG